AUGGAGAACGGCACGGCUGGCAGCCAGGCCGAGGGCACAGACCCCAGCGCCUUCCUCAGCGAGAUCAUUGGCAGCCCGGUGGUUGUCAAGCUGAACUCGGGUGUCGUGUACAAGGGCGAGCUGCAAUCGGUCGACGGCUACAUGAACAUUGCGUUGGAAAAGACGGCAGAGUAUGUCAACGGCGUCAAGCGGAGGACGUACGGUGACGCCUUUGUGCGCGGCAACAACGUCAUGUAUAUUUCGGCAGACGAAUGA